AUGAAGCUCCUACUGCGUGUACAGGUUAUCAAGCCCCUCGUGCAGCGCAGUCUAUCUACUCAUGCUAUUCCUACUCUUCUCACGGACACAGAGCGCAUUGAAUCUCUAGAGAAAAUUACAAAUGCAUGGAAAGUGAUUCCCGACCGUGACGCUAUUCGCCGUAGCUUUGAGUUCCGUGACUUUAAUGAAGCCUGGGGUUUCAUGAACCGAACGGCACUGCUAGCUGAAAAGAUGGGGCACCAUCCGGAAUGGUUUAAUGUUUAUAAUCGUGUUGAUGUGACGCUUAGUACUCAUGACUGUGGCGGUCUCUCCAAGAAUGACAUUGAAAUGGCCGUUGCUAUGAAUACAUAUGCUGAAGCGAUGUAG